GCUGGGACUGGCAGUUGGAGAAAGAGGACGAAAAAUUGAGAGUGAGAGGGCAAAAAAAAGAAAGAAGAAAUCACUGCAAGAGCUGACAUGGCGGUGUUAAGCUGAGAAAGUGUGCAGAGGAGGUAAUGCUGGAGACGUGUAGCGGGCAGCGUCUGCUCAGGUGAGCCCGGUCUGAAGUCAAUCUGGGGGUCAAGCAGGUCGCAGGAAGUGCUAACAGAGCGAAUACUUCUGUACACCUGAAAGAGGAUCUUGAAUGUAAAAAAAUUUGGGGGCUUCUAUAAUCCAUGCCGCUUUGUAGACUGGGCAGAGACUCCUCAUCUCUCUUGAUCACACACAGACUACAGCCAUGGAGAAGCAACUGGAGGACCUGAAGCAGCAGCUAGAACAGCAAUGUCUGAUCAACCAGGAGCUGCAGAGGCAAAACAAAGACCUGGAACAACGACUGCAGGAGAAAGAAAAACUUUUGCAGGAACUGCACAGUGAAUAUCAUGACCUGGAGUUCCCCUCCGACAGCAGCAAUGACAUUGAACCGCAGGUCAGGAAGAGCCGUGCGGCCGUCAUCGCGUCCGAACCAAUCCACGAGACACUGGAGAUUACACGCACCGGGGUCAAGAAAACUGACAGCGAGACGGGGCUCCUCGUCAAAGCCAUCCAGAGGAACGACUUCCUGAGCCGCCUGGACGACGAGCAAACAGCCAUGAUGGUGGACCUCUUGGUGGUAUCUAACUUCAAACCGGGGCAAGAAGUGAUCAAAGAGGGCUCUGAGGGUGACAGCAUGUACAUAGUGGCAGCUGGGGAGCUCCUCGUCACCCAGGCAGGCCAGGACCUCCGAACUCUAACCAGCGGCGAUGUGUUCGGGGAGCUGGCCAUCCUGUACAACUGCAAGCGGACAGCGACGGUCAAAGCGAAGACCGUGGUGCGUCUGUGGUGCAUGGAGCGACAGACGUACAGGACCAUCAUAACCAACAAGUCCAAGAAGAAACGGGAGCAGCUCAUGGGCUUCCUGAAGACAUCUCGUACUCUGAAGGACCUGAACGACCUCCAGUUGUCCAAGAUCAUCGACUCAAUGGAGGAGGUGAAGUACCAGGACAAAGACGUCAUAGUUCGAGAAGGAGCUGAAGGAGACACAUUCUACAUCAUCCUAAAAGGAGAGGUCCUGGUGACUAAGAACGUGAACGGGCAUCAGAAGCACAUUCGCAGGAUGGGGAAAGGAGAGCAUUUCGGGGAGCAGGCACUCAUACGGGAAGUUUUGAGAACGGCCACCUGCACUGCUGACGGCCCUGUUACGUGCUUCUCCAUUGACAAGGAGGUAUUUGAAGAGACAAUUCCCAUAGAGCACCUGGAGCUGUUUGACGACUCCAAAGUGCUGCAGGAGGUACAGGUUCCAGAAACGACAAGUCCCGCCUCCACUCUGAGGUUUAAGGAUCUGGUUCCUGUGCUGUACCAGGAGGGCCGUUUCCAAGGAGAUCCUGUCACGCUUGGAGUCGGAGGGUUUGGGCGAGUUGAGCUGAUGACUACAGUGAUCCAUGGGAAAUAUUACGCCAUGAAGCGAGUCAGCAAGAAGCACAUUGUCGCCAAGAGACAGGAGGAGCACAUGCUGUUUGAGAAGAAGAUCCUCAAAGCCAUCCAGUGUGAAUUCAUCGUCAGACUUAAUGCAGCUUUCAAAGACACCCGAUACAUCUACAUGGUCAUGGAGUUCUGUAGUGGUGGGGAGAUCUGGACCAAACUCAAAGAAGUAGGGCGUUUUGAUGAGCCCGUCACUGUCUUCUGCACUGCCUGUGUGGUGGAGGCGUACGCCUACCUCCACAAGAAGAGCAUCAUGUACAGAGACCUGAAGCCUGAGAACCUGAUGCUGGAUGUCCGGGGCUACGUCAAACUAGUGGACUUUGGCUUCGCUAAGGAGUUGGUGCGCGGCGAGAAAACCUACUCAUUUGUCGGUACUCCGGAGUACAUGGCCCCAGAGAUCAUCAAGAACCAGGGACAUGACUUUGCAGUCGACUUCUGGUCCCUUGGUGUCCUGAUCUUUGAACUGCUGGUGGGAAGUCCUCCCUUUUCAAGUUCAGAGCCCCAGAAGAUUUAUGCUAAAAUAUUGGACGGGGUGCUCAAGUACCCACCGUACCUGAGUGAGGCAGCCAAGUCCAUUAUCAGUAAGCUGUGCAGACCUCGGCCGGGUCAGCGGUUAGGAAACACCAAGAACGGUAUCAAAGAUGUCCGGCAUCACAGGUGGUUCAGCAGUAUGAACUGGCACAAACUGCGGGUGGGUCAACUCGACGCCCCCACAAUCCGGCUCAUACGCAAGGGACCCUGCUACAUCAACUUUGAUCGUUUCCCUCUGGACCAGACCAAGGCAGAGGAGGAGUUCUCUGGCUGGGACCGUGACUUCUGAUUCACACUAAUGAGUUUAAAGGGAUCAACGGUCAUACGAUGGUAAAAGGAUUUCCAUGCUGAAUAAGCAUAAACCACGUCGUAAUAAUUUCAUUAUAUGGAACCGUAGGGAAUCACCAAUUCCCAAAGAAUAUUUAUAAUAGCUCCGUUGUUUGUGUACAGUCGCUGAUCUCUAGGCAGUGGGGCUAAAGGCCAAAAUGUAUGGAUCUGUUGGGGAAGGUGUAAGGACAUUGUGUUUCCAAAUUUAGUGCAGGGAGAUUUGGGAGUGCAAAACACAAUAGCAAAUACGAAAACAGCAAAUUAAAAACCAACCAUCGACAAAACGCAAUGGCGAAAUUAGAAGAACAACGAACUGGCAAAUAAUUUGUCAUUGUAUUUUUUGAUUUGCUACUGUCUUAUUUGCAGUUCUGCUUUGCACUUCAGGGCCACCGUAGUUACCUGAUAAACAAGUGUUAAUAGCAUCAUCCAUAUAACUCUCCUCCAAGUACUUGGCUCAGAAUAAAGUCUUUUGAGUCUUUUGGUACGAUGUGUACCAAUGGACAGCUCUUACCAAACCUGAAAAUUCCACUAAAAUAUUUGAUGCCACCAUAUCUGCCAUGUGUAUUGUACUUUAGGGUUUUAUGGUUCUUUUGAAUACACACUGUAUGUUAUUUUUACAGAUAACUUACCUGCUCAUAGAAAAACUGUUAAAAGCUUUGGUAUUGUUAAAGUUGUUGUUUUUAUUAUUAUUAUAAACUGUUUUUCUUGAGUUUUUCCCUUUGUUCUCGGAAGAUCUGACCCCCCUUUGUGUGCAGGUUAUUUUCAUGCAGCUUGAAGUAAUUUUUAAAAAGAUCAGAGAACAUUUAGAUGAAAAAAAUUCAGUAAAUUAAAGUGCUGUUAUUGGCUUGUG